GAAAUGAAGGCAGAUAUAAAGAUGUUCUUCGAAACCAAUGAGAAUGAAGACACAACAUACCAGAAUCUCUGGGACACAUUUAAAGCAGUCUCUAGAGGAAAAUAUAUAGCAAUAAGUGGCCACAUGAUAAGAAAGGAGAGAUCUGCCUUCCGCCAUGGUCGCCAUUGGAGAGUAGCAGCCAUGGCUCUUCGGUAUCCUAUGGCCGUGGGCCUCAACAAGGGCCACAAGGUAACCAAGAACGUGAGCAAGCCCAGGCACAGCCACCACCGCGGGCGUCUGACCAAACACACCAAGUUCGUGCGGGACAUGAUCCGGGAGGUGUGUGGCUUUGCCCCAUAUGAGCGGCACGCCAUGGAGUUGCUGAAGGUCUCCAAGGACAAACGGGCCCUCAAGUUCAUCAAGAAAAGGGUGGGGACACACAUCCGGGCCAAGUGGAAGCGGGAGGAGCUGAGCAAUGUCCUGGCCGCCAUGAGGAAAGCUGCUGCCAAGAAAGACUGAGCCCCCUCCCCUGCUGUCUCCCUGAAAUAAAAAACAGCUGCACCCAA